CUACUGUUCUUCGGGGCCACAACAGCAAUCCGGCAAACCCUAAUUUCACUUUAAAGCUCUCUCUUUCGCCGAUCUUCUGUAUAGCUUAAACUCCUGAUAGCCUGAAAUCUUUGGUGGUCUUUGGAAGCUUCUCCGGUAACUUCAAUCAUUUUUUUCUAUUUUUAAUUGACCUGCUCACUUUUAUAUCUAUCUGUUAAAGUAGUACUCCUCUUGAAAGUUUGAUUUUCGUUGAGGUUAUGAAUCUCUGUUUUAUAUAUGAAGAACCUAAGCAUAACCAAUUCAGAUUGCUUCCAAUUUGUUUUUCGUUGUGUUCUGAUUCAGUGUGCGAAUUUAUCAAAAGUUGGUCUAUGAGGUUUUGGUUUACCACCGUAUCCUCUAUCAAUUUUCAUUGUAUCUCAGUUUAAAUGGCCUGAUUGAAUUAUUUAGUUUAUUGAAAGUUUAAUACAGAGUAUACACUAGUGCGUUUCUUGCAAAAUAUAUCACAUUUUAAUUUUCGUCCUUGCAAAAUUAUUAUUUUUUGCUAUAAAAUCGUAUAUUUAGGUACUAAAAAUAUUAAUAAAAAAGGAGCACAAUAUAACUAUUUGCAGCCUAUCAAGGUAUUGGUUUAUCCAGUAGCCCAUUUAAAUCUACAGCCAUGAUGUGGAAAUUCUCAACCCAAAAAAUGGUUUGAGCGGGAUUUUGUCUUGGGAUAUUGUAGUUCUAUUAAGUAGAGGAUGCUGUCAUUUUUCAAAUCUGAAUGUCAUAAAGUUUUUCGGAAGACCCAAAAAGAAAAAAAUUCAAAGUUUUAAGGGAAGGAAGAAGUAUAUAUUAAAGAUUAUGUCUUAAAUUUCGCUGUUCUGACCUUUACUGUUACUUGGACUCAUCAAAUAUAAAUGGCAAUCAAGUCAUACAAAUAGAUUUUAGCGUCUGUGUUUCUGAAUGGAGUCCUCUCUUCUGUUUGCCUACAGGUUAUCACUUUGUUAUUCAGAAAUGGCAGUCACAUUCCACAACCUUAGUUCUGAUUCUGGCCUCCAGAAGCUUGAUGAGUACCUUUUGAGUCGUAGUUAUGUCACUGGGUAUCAAGCAUCCAAAGAUGACAUUGUGGUGUUUUCAUCCUUGUCCAAGCCCCCAUCUCCACAACUAGUAAAUGUUUCUCGGUGGUACAACCACAUUGACGCGCUCUUGCGAAUUUCUGGUGUAACUGGAGAAGGUUGUGGUGUUAUUAUCGAAGGUUCUGCACCUGUCACCGAGUGUGUGGCAACACCACCUGCAUCUGACCCGAAGGCUGCAUCUGCUGAGGAUGAUGAUGAUGAUGAUGUUGACUUGUUUGGAGAGGAGACUGAAGAGGAAAAGAAGGCUGCUGAAGAACGUUCUGCAGCUGUUAAGGCCUCUAUUAAAAAGAAAGAAUCUGGAAAGUCCUCCAUUCUUUUGGAUGUUAAGCCAUGGGAUGAUGAGACUGACAUGAAAAAGCUUGAAGAAGCUGUUAAAAGUGUUUCAAUGGAAGGAUUAUCUUGGGGUGCAUGCAAACUUGUUCCAGUUGGGUAUGGAAUUAAGAAACUGCAAAUCAUGCUCACAGUCGUGGAUGACCUUGUUUCUGUUGAUGAUCUUGUGGAGAAUCAUCUCACUGUUGAACCUAUCAAUGAAUAUGUUCAGAGCUGCGAUAUCGUGGCUUUCAACAAAAUAUGAUUUUUUUUUGCAUUUGGGUGCUGGGGGAAUGCGCUAUACUUAUGCUGCCUGCCAAGUACUGCUUCAAUCUUAUGUGGUUUUGUUAGACGCCGUGUUUUUUUGUUGGGACUCAUUGUGGUCUUUUGACUUCUGGUUACUGUUACAUUAUUGAUGUGGAACUUUAGCAUAAUUUAUUGGUAAUAUGCCUGCUGUUUUAUUUUCCUGAAGAUUUUAGUGUUCAAUGAGCUGCUGCUGUCCUUGUUAGUACCCAUCUUCUAUUGGAUUGAUUGUGCUUAAGUGGACUGAUUAAGCUUGUUAAAAUUUAAUCUAUCUAGUCUGGUUUUUUACUUCACUGGAA